AUGGCGCCCCGCAUUGCCAUGCGCCGCAGAAAGGCGCGAGGCAAGGCCAUCGUGUACUCCCGGACGAGCUCGGCGGCGAAUGCCGGAGCCGACAAGGGGAGCGAAGCACGGCAGAAAAAGAGUGGUGCUGCAGCUGCACGCGCCUACAACGAUGAAAUCAAGUUCGUGAGCGAGCGCAUCAGCGGGAGCUUGCCGCUGGCGGAAAGGGCCACUUUCCAGACCCUGCUGGAGGAGGCCAGCAAAGGCAACAAGAAGCUGUUUGUCGGCGAAAGUCGGGCUGUGUCCCGCUCCGCCAAGGUGGCGGAGGAGAUUUAUGACCUCAGCAAAAAGCUGGGGAUCACGAUCAUCGUCGCCGACGCGCCGGGGCUUUUCGACCACGACCCCAGCCCCGUGCAGGUUUUCAUGCGCCGCAUUGAAUUCGCACGGGUUGAACUCGAAAAGGACCUGGUUAUCUAUCGUCUGAAGGAGGGGCGGGACAAGCGGGCCAAAAACGUCAAGAAGGCCAUAAAGAAUACCAAGCGCCUCAAAAAGAAGCUGUCCCCAAAGCUAAUCACGACGACCGGGGGCGCGAAGGUAUCGGGGAGAAAAUCUACAUUGGAGAAAGCGGGCAACCUGACGUCGAAGCAGAUAUCGGCAGUGAAGAAAACCAUGAAGAAGUACGGCUACGGCGAGAUCGGCCUUCGUACUGUGGCGGUCCAAAUCUCCAAAACGCUCAAAUUUAAG